AUGCAACAAGUUUUACAAUCAUUGGAAUCAAAGAAAAGACGUAGGAGCAUAAGUCCUAGUCCUGGUCCAAGCCCAAAGCCAUUACUGCAACCAAGCACCCCACAAUCAGAACGAUCUAUAGUUGUACACGAAAAUAUCAAAGAACUGGGAGCAUCUUGUAAUUCACCAGUUGCGGACGUGGAAGCAAAGAUCUCCGGGUCAAAUGUCGUCUUGAGGACUGUAUCACGAAGAAUUCCAGGGCAAAUUGUGAAGAUAGUCAAUUUGUUGGAAAAUCUUUCUCUUGAGAUCCUACAUCUAAAUAUCAGCAGCAUGGAGGACACUGUCCUAUACUCCUUUGUUAUUAAGAUAGGACUGGAAUGUCAACUUAGUGUUGAAGAACUUGCAAUUGAAGUGCAGAAGAGUUUCUCACUUAAGCUUACUUAG